AUGAAUAAGAAACCAAUCAAACCGGAUCCGAAACAGAGAGGCAUGGGGAUGUUUUUGCAGCGAGGGGUGAACAUCGCGACGCAAGCGAAAGGGGAAGGGACGACGACGCCGCCGAAGAAGACGAUUUCGGCGGAAACGACGACUUUGAAAGGAAGUUCCCUCCCCAGGAUUGAGGGUGAAGACAAAGAAGACCAAGAAGGUGCGCAGAAACGGACUAAGAAUAAGACUUCAAAGAAAGAGACGACGAAGACGACGCCGUCAAGACAGUCGGCUCGGAAACGGGAGAAGCCGGAGAAAUUGGACGUUUCUUCUCCGAAGAAGAAACCGAAAGCGGCGGGACCGACCAAGUAUCACGAAAACAGCCGACGCGAGAAAGGAUAUAAACGCGUGUGCGGCGUGGACGAAGCCGGACGAGGGCCGUUGGCUGGGCCAGUUAUUGCCGCGGCGUGUAUUUUACCUGAAGGCGUGCAAAUAGAAGGGGUGGAUGAUUCCAAGAAGAUCAACUCGGAGGAAGAGCGAGAGCUUUUAUACGAAGCGAUUAUGGAGGAUAAACGGAUCGAGACGGCGUAUUGGAUCUGCGACGAGAAGAGGAUAGACCAGAUUAACAUUUUGGAAGCGACGAUGGAGUGCAUGAGGAAAAGUACGGAAAUGUUACCGGGUGGUCCAGUCGAUUGGGCGUUGAUUGAUGGGAAUAAAAUACCGAAAGGGUUAGAGGAUAAAGCGGAAGCAAUCGUAAAAGGGGACGCGAAAUCGCAGUGCAUCGCCACGGCUUCGAUCGUCGCGAAAGUCACGAGAGAUAGGAUGAUGCGCGAAAUCGAUACGAAAUAUCCGCAGUACGGGUUCAAAGACCACAAAGGGUACGGUACGAAAGCGCACUGCCAAGCGAUCGAAAAAUACGGGCCGUGCGAGUACCACCGCAUGACAUUUGCGCCGAUUAAAUAUAUGGAUUUAUCAAAGUACGAGUAA